AUGUUUUCCAUUCACAUAGGUUGUUUUCUUCCUUACACAGACUUCAGUCCGGACGACUGGGGCCCCGAGUUCCCGCUCGCAGCCGCCUCGAGGUACGCCGUGCCCAUGCCCACACUCUACACCACUGAAGGUUACAAGUUCAAAAAGCCAAGUAUAAUAGAAUUAGUUCUAUACAACAUGGCGGCGUUACUGGGCGGGGUGGCGGCCGGAUAUGACGUCAGAAUGUCCAAUGUUAGCCCUCUCCAUCCUACAUUACAGCCACAUAGAACGGAAAUUGAACCUGAACCCCUAAGUUCUUCGGUAUACGAAGGUUUCGGGUACGCGCAUAACACCUACCACGGCCCCACCAGACACCUUCGGGCCCCCCUCAACGCCAUCACUGGAUCUCCUAUAUCGAGCCUCCAAACUGAAGAACAGAAGCCUAUCCGGUUCACCGACUCGCCCACUCACUACGCGCACCCAUCAUCAUCCUCUGGAUACGGACACUCCGCUCAACCGCUGUCCGGCACCUCCGGGCUCGGCACCAACUAUACCUCGACGCAACCCACGCCCUCUCCCAGAAGAACAUCCUCAUCAACAUCGGACCAUCUCGCAGACUUAUAUCACAACUAUAGAGAAAAUUUCCAACCUUCCCCCUCACAGGACAGAGAUUAUUACUAUCGAGCGGAGCCCUACACAUACGACAGAACGGCAGAUUAUGUAGUCAAGCACCCGUGCUACGGCUACGACGAGUGCUCCUACGACUACAGAGAACCCACGCCGGAUUAUAGACCCUCACCACAGUACUUAACCCAUAGAAGAACACCGUCGAACUCUUCGGCCUCGAACUCUCACCCGGAAGAGUUCUCGCCCUCGAGACAGUACAGAAGCAAAGAGAAAAGAGACGAGUACAGACCCAAGACUGAGUAUCCCCGAAAAUCCACCGACUACUCCUUACCGAGAGACUUCUACAGACAGGAGUCGCAAGAGAAGAACGAAGUCGAGCGACCCGCGAACCUCGGCCUGGAGCUGGCGCCGACGAAACUCAGGUCGAGUUUGAAGAAGUACAACAAGAAGUCUAGCGCGUCGGGGGGCAGCUCGGGCGGGGGCACCCCCCCCAACCCCACGCCGCCCGACAGCCUGGCGAGCCUGCCCAGCGACACGGACAGCUCGUACGUGUCGGCCCGCGACGCGUCCAGCGGCUCCAUGUCGCGAGUGCGCUUCAGCCCCGACACGCUGGACCCGCGCACCCCCCACGCGCUCGACCCUCGCCCCCCUCACACGUAG